AUCCAAACCGUCAAAGAGGAAAUGAAUAUCCUCCUUCAGCAGCGGGAUGCUCUACAAAACCAGGUGGAAGAGUUGACAUCUCAGCUAGCAGCCUCUGAAGAGCCUCUAAAGAAGGAGGCUGUGACUCUACAUCAAGAGGUGGCGUCUUUGGAAAGGAAACUGGAGAGCACUGAGAAGCAAAGAAAGGAUGUCAUGCAGGAACGGGACAGACUGCAAGCACUUAAAGAAGAACUGGUAUGGGAGAUAAAACUUCUUCAGGAGUCGGUCACAGCCUCUGAGACCCGAGCGACUACAGCAACAGAUAGGCAUCACUCCCUUGAACAAGAACUCCACACCACAGUGUCUCUCCUAAAAAUUAAAAAUGAGGAACUGGAAAUGCAGCGGGAGAAAAUCCAGGUGCUCCAGAAAGAGGCAGCACAGGGAAAAGCUUUGCAGGAGAAUCUCACUCAUGUGACUGCCAUCCUGUCAGAGAGGGAGGGAGAAAUGAAGGUGUACCAGGAACAGAUGAGACUGCUGGAAGAGCAGAAAGAAAUGCACAAAACUGCUCUGGAUCAGGUUAUUAAGGACGUAAGAGAGAAAAACCAGAAGAUUGAAUCCCAGCAAGAACAGAUACAGGAGCUGGAGAAGCAGCAAGAAGAACAAAGGAUUGCUGUCAGCAAAAUGAGCAAAGACCUGGAAGAGAGAGACCAGGAGAUCAGAUCCCUGAAGACCUUGCAGAAUCUCCAGCUCAGGCUAACCAAGAAGAAUGAAGAGGUUGGACAUCACAGAGAGCAAGAGAAGCUCCUAGAAGCAGCCUUGCACGAGAGGGAACAAGAGACCAAGGCUCAAGGUGAGCAAGAAGAGUUAGACGAGGAAAGAAGAGCUCUUCGGGAAGAUCUCCGGCACGUUCAGCAGACGCUGACAAAGAAGGAUGAAGAGAUCAAGUACCAGAGAGACAGAGUCGGGUAUUUAGAGAAGACUCUGGCAGGGAGAGAACAAGAGCUUAGGAGGCAGAGUGAACUCCUGAAACAAAUAACAUCGGCUUUGCGAUGGAAGGAUGGAGGGGAGACCCUACAGAAACAAAUCCAGAAACUCCGAAAAUGGGAGGAAGAGGAAGCAGAGAAGAGGAGAGUUCUCCAGGAGAGAGACCGUCUCUUGCAAAGGCAGAAGGAGCUAACCCAACAACUGGAAGAUGAGCGGAAGGCAAAGGGGGAAGAAUUGGAGCGUGCGAUUGCUAUUUUGAAGCAGACUGAAAGCGGGGAAAUGGAAUGGAAAGAGAAGGCACAAGCACUGACUCUCGCCCUUACCAAGAGUGAAAUGGCCAAUGGCACGUUGAGGGAAGAAGUAGCCGUCCUGCAGAGUAUGGUUUCAGAGAGGGACACGGACCGGUUUCAUCAUCAGCAGGCUACUGCAGAAGGGGAGCAGCUCUCGUGGCUCUCGGAGAAGAGACUCCUGUCGCAGCGGCUGGAACAUCUGCAGCGAGCAGUUGCAAGGCUGGAAGUUGAGAAGACUGAGCUGAAGCAACUCAAUGCUGAGCUCAGGAGGACUCUUGAGCAGGUGGAACGUGAACGGAGGAGACUGAAGAGAUACUGUAGUGGUCGGUCGCUGCCAGAUGCGUGCGGAUUUUCUCUCUCCGACCAGCACAAGGUGCCUGCUUCUCGACAGGAGGAGUCUCACACGCGCUGCAGUCGUCGAUUAGCUGAGUUGCAGAACCAGGUGAGGAGGAGGAAAGCUCUCAUCACAAGCUGCUGGGGCUGUACUCAUGGGCACAACUCUGCACGCUGCUACAGCCCGAGGCUUGUUUGGCUGUCAGGGAGCGAGUACACCAGGCGGUGGAAAUACCCAGUCAGACCCAUCUGUUGGCCGUGGCCAAACACCAUCAUUCACCUAGGUCUAGUCUCUGGCUUGCCUAAAGGUGGGAGAGGGAUUGGAGGAAAUGCAGAAAACUGGAACUCGCCGGAAAAGAGGGAGUAUUCUAAGGCUGUCAACUCACCUGGUUGACUCCUCCUGUUUUCCCUUGGCUCAAUUACCAGUGGAGCUUGCAUCAUAUCACUGCGCAUUCCCCUGCCGGGGCUGGCUGCCUGAGUUUCAACAUCUAGUCUGCUCUGGCAGAUCAGGGUCGCCCUUUUUAUCUGGUUUGGCUUUAUGUUGACAGACCUUGGUGGUGUAAUUCCAAGGCAGCAGGUUCCAUAAGCCAUAAACCUCCUUUAGGAACUGCUUCUGUUAUUUGAGUUCGCUUGCCAAGAAAGAGUAUUUUCAUGUUCCUAGCCUGAGGUUGGGGAUGGCAUUCCCGUGGGGAGCACAGCCCUCGGCGAAGCACACGUCACUUGGAAAAGAGAGGAAAACCUCUGACCUGAGCUGUGCUCCCCAAAACAGCAAAGCCCUGAGCGCUGCUCCCAGUGCUGGCAUCUCCUCCACCCCAAAGCAGGCAGAGGGCAACAUGCCAGAGCUGCUGUGGCCGCACUGCACUGCAAACCUGGGAGGAGGUGAGAGCAGCUGGGUCUCUGCCCCCAAAAAGCCCAGCAGGCACAACCCCGUGUUGCUAGGAAAGAAGAGAGUUGGAGGAGUUUCAAGGCCUCCGCAGUCCUUUAAGGCUCGUUUCCCCCCUGGGCUUGGUUCCUCCAAUUCUGCUCUGCUCAUUUGUGAAAUGCUCUGAAGGGAGGAAGAAGGGAGGAGAAAACCUCCCUUUUCGUGUGCUAGCUGUCAAGUUUUGCAACUAGAUCAUAACAGAACAGCUCUUCAGUACCUUGUGUAACCAGUGGUGCUCCUGCCGAGGACAAAGCGUGUGGAACCGAGGCGGCAGUAGCCCAGAUCUCUCCUUUGAAAAAAACGAGCUGGGUUACUAAAUCCUGUAGGAACCUCUGUCUUUCAUAUACGUGGAAUGUCUCGGUGGUGUACGUGUGAAUGGUAUGCCGGAAAGAGGCUUGAAUUGUUGAUAGUCUCAGGUCAGUUCAGGGUGACUCUGGGAACCUGUUAGUGCCCAUUCCCCAAGUGGGACAAAGCGUUUGUCAGGGCUGGAGUUAGAGGGUGCGUCUUCCCUGACAGCCGGAACCGUGGAGCUGCGGAUGGUCCUAACAGCGUGGGCUUGUCUGAGCUCGGCCUUUCGCCUC